CUUUCUGUAAGGGGGAAAGGGAGAGACAGCUUUAAAUACCGCUUUUUAUUUUUUUAAUUGUGGAAAAAAAUGUGACAGGUGUUAUUGUUUAAUGGAUUCGUUUUAUAAAUUCUUGUGCCAUGUAUUUAAAGUAAUUUAAAGAUAAUUUAAUAGUAAUGCUUUAUUGAUCAGAAUUGAACUGGCCGUAAAUACUUCCAUUCGACGACCUAGCGUCACUUCUGGUGUGGAUGCAUGCUAACACAUUUUGAAAAUGGCUGAUGAAAAUCAUACACAAAUGCUGAUCCAACAACAGCCACCACCACCACAGCAACAAAAUCAGAUGCAGCAAUCUCAGCUUCAACAGCAACAAAUGCAGCCACAGCAACAAAUGCAACAACAGCCUCAACAGCAAGCUCAGGCAAUGUCAAUGGGUAAUACAAGUGAUCAACAAGCAAGUCAUAUGAAUGUAACAACAUCAGUGCCUAUAAAUGUUGCUACUAUUAAUGUAUCCCAGGCUCAGCAGAUGCAAACCAUGCAACAAAAUGUUAAUACAAGUUCUGGGACUACUGUCCAAAUGGUUCCCCAGCUAACAGCACAGGCACAAACAGUUCAAACGGGAAAUAUGAUGUCUCAAAGCUCAGGGCCUCAUCCGACUAUGAUACAUCCCACGAUGACUAUGGCUCAGUCUCCUCUUCAGCAAGUUCAAGUUAUUCAGCAACCUCUUUCAGCUUCAUAUCUUCAACAUUUGUACCCACAGCAACAGAUGCUUUUUCCAGGUAACCUAACUUUGCAACAUGCUGGCAUGACCACUCCAAUACAGAAUUUAGGUGCUACUCAAGGUUUAAGUCUCCAGCUGCAGGCAAAAACAACUUUGGAUGCUAAAACUUCAGUUGGAGGCCAGGCACUUCAAGCUGUAAACACAUCAAAUAAAGGCAUGGCUGUAAAUGCUGGUACAAUGAUGACUGCAUCCGGUCAAGUUGUAGGAACUACUCCUAAAUCAAAUUUUCCUCAGCAGAUGAUGACAACUCCAGGGAAAUCAACAAUUAUCCACAGUCAAUCUGGAUUUGCACCAGCAAAUGCCAAUCAGACUGUAGUUAUUGGACAGUUAGGAGUACUUCCAAAUCAGCAGUCCAUUUUCAACCAUAAAGCUCUAGCCGAUUCACAGAAAGGAAAAACAUAU